AUGGCCGAAUCUAGUGAUAAUCCUCCAGCUCCGCCUAAAUAUCCUUCUAAUGAUCCACAAUGGAAAUAUGUUCGGAUGGUUAAGGAAGAUUGUAGAAAUGAUUUGAAGUGCAUUUUUUGUGGAACUACUACAAAAGGGGGCAUUAGUCGUGCCAAGUAUCAUAUUGACGGAGGUAGUACUAGUGUGAAGGUUUGUACUGAAGCUCCUCCUGCGGUAGUGGAAGAAAUAAGAAGCUUCAAGUUGAAUAAAGCGGCGGCGACGGCAAAAAAAAAUAAUUUUAAGAUAUCCGCACCAACUUAUGGGAUUCAUCAUGAAGAUCCUGGAGAGGCUCCGAUACCUCCAAGUUCAAUGUCAAUGACUAUGGACUCGCAAAAGAGGCCGAGGCAAACGAGGCCGAUGGAUAUGUAUUUGACCGCGGACAAGGGUAAACAAACGACCAUUAAUGAGGCAUGGAAAAAGGAGUUUAGAGUGAAAGUAUGCAUGGCCAUUUCCGAGUGGAUGUAUGAUGCGGCCAUCCCUUUCAAUGCUCUUACUUAUCCAAACUUCCAAAACAUGUUGAAUCAUAUCGGCCAAUAUGGUUUGGGUCUUCAAGGACCUAGUAUGUAUGAGGCGAAGGUGCAUUUCCUUAGUAAAGCGGUGGAGAAUGUGGAUAAUGACUAUAUCAAAUUAU